AUGGAGAAACAAAUCCCAACAUACGACAAAAACCUCGUGGUCUUGCCGGAGCUUGCAAGCCAGGGCAACAAUGGUGAAAGCAUCGAAGUUGAUAAAGCGGAACAGGCUCGAAUCCUCAGAAGGGUGGAUUUGUAUCUCUUGCCGAUCAUCACAUUGCUUUACUUAAUGUCUUUUCUGGAUCGAUCCAGUAUUGGAAAUGCGAAGAUCAGCGGUUUGUCUGCGGACCUGGGCCUGAAGCCGGUUCAAUAUAAUAUUGCGCUCUCAAUCUUUUUUAUGAGCUAUGUAUCAUUCGAAAUUCCGAGCAACAUUCUGCUUAAAAAACUAUCUCCAAAAGUUUGGCUGCCAUCUAUUUGUCUUGGCUGGGGAAUUGUCUGUACUUUACACGGUAUUGUUCAGAAUUUUGGAGGAUUGGUCGCAGUGAGAAUCUUUUUGGGAGUCUUGGAAGCUGGUUUAUUUCCUGGUGUCACCUUUCUUCUCACAGUCUGGUACCCUCGUCAUGCCCUUGUUUUCCGCUUUUGCCUCUUCUUUAGCGCGGCCACCUUGGCUGGUGCUUUUGGCGGGCUGCUAGCUAGAGGGCUUGUCGAACUUGAUGGGACUGGAGGCCUAGAAGGGUGGAGAUGGAUUUUUAUCGUUGAAGGCCUUAUCACUGUAGUUGUUGCAGUCUGCGCCUACUUCUGGAUCCAGGACUCACCGGAAUCUGCAGACUUUCUAUCAGUGGCUGAUAAGAAAGUCCUCGCUUCGAUUCUGGCACGUGACAUGAGUGGUGAAAGCCAGGAGUUCUCAUGGCCCGAAACUCGGGCUGCCUUUGGAGAAUGGAAGGUAUGGACAAGCGGUAUUAUAUGUGUCGGUAUCGCAUUGCCGACCUUCUCCUUCGCGCUGUUCAUACCGACCAUCAUAAACGGCCUUGGGUACACUGCUACAAGGUCUCAACUUAUGACUGUACCCCCAUAUGUCGUAGCAUUUUUCUUCACAAUAAGUGUGGGAUGGUUGUCGGAUAGGCUGAAAGUUCGCGGUAUCCCAUUGCUGAUAUUUACUGCCGUCGGUAUCAUUGGAUAUGCCAUCCAGAUCUCUGUAGACCAUCAGAAGCUCAACGUAAAGUAUUUCGCAACCUUCCUUUCCGCAAUCGGUAUAUUCACCACCUCCGGCCUCAAUAUCCCGUGGCUGAGCAAUAAUCUUCGGGGACACUCAAGGAGAGCCACGGGCAGUGCGAUUCAGGUGUCGAUAGGCCAGCUAGGUGGGGUUGCCGCAGCUUAUAUCUAUCGCCAACAGGAUUCACCAGAUUAUGUGAUGGGUCAUAGUUUGGCGUUAGGGUCCUUGGUAUUAGCGUUCGUGACUACUGCGCUGCAGUCGUGGUGGAUGAAGAAAGAGAAUGAUGCUCUGGAUCGGAAGGCUAGAGAGGAGGGUGUUGACGACGGAUUUAGAUUCACACUUUAG